UGAGUGCAUUCACAGCUGAUAACUAUGCCUGACUCAUUCAACUUUCUCUAGACAGGCAAAUACUCGGAAAUUCUUCCUGGGGCGGCACUGUGUAGGCCGAAGUGCAGUGCCUUUUCCCACUGCCUCAAGUCGGGCGAGUUGUAGGCGAUACUUUGCAGAGUUUGCUGUUUUUCUUCACGGAUAGACAGCAAACACUUUGCAAAAUAUAGGAAAGUGGAGGAGCGGGCAUCAGGGAAGGACUCCGUGUCUCUCUGUGAACUCCAUGCCGAUGAUUUAACAAGUUGACGGGGUUGUUUCUCUGACAGAAAAUAGCCCGUCGUAGCGACCGGCGAAGAGCGACGGGGAUUUACGGGGGUUUUAAAGGACUAGAGCCGGCCCAGGAAGAUGGCUUACUGUACGGGCUGCCUUAGGACUUUAUUUAUUUAUGUGCUAAUUGUCUAUAGUCUUGGAAUUACUGUCUCUCAGCAGUUGCACGAAAAAGACUUUGAAUUUACCGAUGUAGCUGAACAUUCUGUUAAAAAACGUGCAGUAGAUUCCACAUUACAAGAUGAUGAGGAUUUUUUAAAUGAUCAGUCUGAUGGCUCAGGCAAUGAUGAGGAGGAAGGGAGCACUACCUUAUCCCCUAUACCUGUCCCUGAUUAUCCAGAGUAUUACAGAGUGACUAUAAAUUUUACAUCCUUAACGUAUGAAGAUGCUUUAGCCAGUCGGAUUACGUCAAGAUUUCAACAACUUGCCCGCUUGCUAUCUCUCGACAUAGAACAGUUAUAUGCCACUACUGAGGGCCAGCAAAUGGCCACAGUUAUCCAAUUCCAACCUUCUGGGUCUGGCGUGCUUGUCUCCCUUGACCUGGGAACUCAGGGUUAUUACGAUAGACAACAACUCUACAGUACACUCAACUCAGUUGUCAAUGAUGGUUAUCUGGGAGCAAACAGGGUUAGUCCUCUAGGAUUCGGGUUCAGAGAACUGCGAAGGGAAACUACAACUCGUCGUGGUGAUUUACCUGGCCCCACCUGUGCGGCCAAUCAAUACCCAUGCGUCGACGGCACCUGUAUCCCAUCAGCCUACAGGUGUGAUAAUCAGCAGGACUGUCCUGACGGAUCUGAUGAGCUCAAUUGCCCAACAGCUCCCCCCAGCUGUAGGCCUGGAGAAUUCCAGUGUGUGACAGGCGAGUGUAUCUCCUCUUCCCAGGUCUGUGACAGGAACCCAGACUGUCUGGAUGUCAGCGAUGAGAGGAAUUGUCCCCCAGUUGGCCCUGGCUGUGGACCAGACGAGUAUAGGUGUUCUGAUGGGAGCUGUAUCCCUGUGCUGAAUCGCUGUGACAGCAGGGCUGACUGUCCGGACGGUGGAGAUGAAUUCAACUGCCCUUCCGUUCCUUGUGGAAACAACGAGUUUAGAUGUGAACGAGGGAAAUGUAUCGAUGUGCGACUCCGCUGCGAUGGCCGCGUUGACUGUCCUGAGAGCUCGGACGAACUCGAUUGUACGGCCUGCCUUGGGCGUGCUUUCCGUUGCGAUAACGGUCAGUGUGUGGCUAGUGGUAGCAACUGUAAUGGAGUGCGAGACUGUAACGAUGGUUCGGAUGAGGAGGGCUGUCUCCCUGCCUCCUGCGUAGAAGGUCUCUAUCGCUGUGAUAAUGGACAGUGCAUUGACAACGCUGCUCGCUGCAACGGCAUCGAUGAGUGUGCUGAUGGCUCUGACGAAAGAAACUGUCGUUGUCCUCCGGGAGACUUCCGUUGCCGUGAUGGCACCUGCAUUCCAGAAAGGGUCCGCUGUGACGCCAUUCAAGAUUGUGAUGAUGGAUCAGAUGAAGUCGAUUGCGAGGGCUGUGCUGACAGUGAGUUCACCUGUGUUGAUGGCACCUGCAUUGACGGCCGACGUAAGUGCGACCGUAUUCCCGACUGCGCCGGAGGCGAGGAUGAGGAGGGCUGUGUAAUAGGUAGACAGUGUCGUGAAGAUGAGUUUAGCUGUCGCAAUGGACAAUGCAUUGAACUGCCUUUGUUCUGUGACAGAAAGCCUGAUUGUUCUGACGCGUCUGAUGAAGAGGAUUGCCCUGAAUGCAGAGAGGAUGAGUUUAAGUGUCGCGACGGUACGUGCAUCGACGCUCAGCGUCGGUGUAAUCGCGUGCCCGAGUGCCCUGACCGCUCAGACGAAGAAGGUUGUGAGUGCCGUGAUAGUGAGUUCACCUGUAGAGAUGGCACCUGUAUCGACAGCCGUUUGAGGUGCAAUGGUAUCCCAGAAUGCCCUGACAGAACAGAUGAAGCUGACUGUGCAUGCAGACGUGAUCAGUUUCGGUGCAAUGAUGGGACUUGCAUCGAUGCACGUCGACGAUGUAAUCGUUACCCAGAAUGCCCUGACCGGUCCGACGAGGCCAACUGUCCCUGUGAUGACCCAGACUUCCGCUGUGGAGACGGAAGCUGCCUGGAUGGAGCUCGCCGAUGCGAUGGUCGCUCAGAUUGCCCGGACGGCAGCGAUGAACGUAACUGCCCGCGACGAUGUGAGCAGGGUGACUUUUAUUGUAAGAGCGGAGAGUGCAUAGACCCACGGAGACGCUGUGAUGGCCGGGUGGACUGUAGAGACCGGUCUGAUGAGGAAGAUUGUAGACCACGUUGCUCUCCAGGAGAAUUUGUGUGCAGCAGCAAUGGCCAGUGCCUUGACCCUCGGAGACGAUGUGAUGGACGAACAGACUGCCCGGACGCCAGUGAUGAGCUGGGUUGUCCACCGGAAACUUGCGGUCCCAAUGAGUUCACAUGUGGCAAUGGUGGAUGUAUUGAUGUGAGAAGGAAAUGUGAUGGUCGAAAUGACUGUGGUGAUAACACAGACGAAGAUGACUGUGUUCCGGUCACAUGCAGUCAAGCCAAGUUCACAUGCGAGAACGGUCGUUGUAUAGACAUCAGGAGAAAAUGUGACGGCCGAAAUGACUGCGGUGAUAACACCGACGAAGAUGACUGUGCUCCCCCUACAUGUCGUCAAGAUCAGUUCACUUGUGACAAUGGCCAGUGUAUCGAUGAGCGAAGAAAAUGCGAUGGCCGCAACGACUGUGGAGAUAACACUGACGAAACAAGCUGUCCCGUGCAAUGCGGAGGCAGUGAGUACCGCUGUAGAACAGGCCAGUGCAUUGACUCCCGACGUCGCUGUGACGGCAGACGAGAUUGUCCUGACAAUUCUGAUGAGGACAACUGCAGACCCAUCACUGUGGUUGUCAGCCCGCCACGCCUGGUUGUCAGAGUUGGGCAGGACAUCACAAUACAGUGUUCUGCCACCGGUGGGGCAAACAGGGAGUAUGUGGUACAGUGGAGCUUCCAGGGCAGGGCUCUGCCUGCCAGGUCCAGUGAAGUUGGAGGUCGCCUGACAAUCCCAGGUGUGACAGCAGUGGACUCAGGAGAGUACACAUGUACGGUGAUUGGUAUCCCAGGCUCCUACAGGGCCAUUGCUGUCGUGUCAGUGCAAGAGGUUGGUCCAACUCAGCGCCCCACUACGGAAGGUCCUUGUGGGCGAGAUCAGUCCACGUGUCAGAACGGUCAGUGCAUCCCUCGUGCUUAUGUCUGUGACGGUGAACGUGACUGCAGGGAUGGGUCAGAUGAGGAAAACUGUGUUCGUCUGCCGUGUGAACCUAACGAGUACAAGUGUAAUUCUGGGAAGUGUAUCAUGAAGAUCUGGAGGUGCGAUGGUGACAAUGACUGCGGAGACAACAGCGAUGAACAAAACUGUGGAACAACUGCCCCUGGUGCCCCAUGCCGCUAUGACGAGUACCAGUGCGUGAGUGGUAACCAGUGUGUGCCUGCCAGUUACCAGUGUGAUGGGGAAAUUGACUGUGUGGACAGAUCAGACGAGAUCGGCUGUGCUGGCCCCACCAUCACGGUACCCCCUCCUCCCAACGUGGAGGUGGAGAUUGGAGGCAGCUUCACCAUUGUCUGUGAGGCGGUGGGUGUUCCCACUCCUCUCAUCGUGUGGCGUCUCAACUGGGGCAACAUACCGCAGGGUCAGCGUGUGAGGACAACCAGUGUAAAUGGGCGUGGCACUUUGACCAUCACAAACUUGAUCGAUUCUGACCAAGGAGCAUACACCUGUGAGGCCAUCAACACAAAGGGCAGUGUGUUUGCCACACCUGAUGCUAUCAUCAUCACCAGAGUGACCCCUGGGCUGUGCUCACCACCACUGUACAAUGCUGAGGCCAAAGACCAGUCUCAGUGCUACCAAUGCUUCUGUUUCGGACAAACCAAGAAGUGUUACAGCAGUGGUCUGUCUGUCUCACAGAUUGCCCUGGGUUCAGAAUUACAGGUGAUCCGUCGAGACACCAAGCAGGCCAUUGAACAGGCCUUCAUUCGGUCUUAUCCUAACAAGAGAGAGUUUGGCAUCUCCGACUUCAGCAGGGUGUUGCCCACUGGCAGCUACUACUGGAACCUCCCAGUGCAGUACCUUGGGAACAAGCUUUCAAGUUAUGGCGGAGACCUGAAAUAUAACAUCUAUUAUGAGAAGAUUGGGGAAGACCAGCCAACUGGGGACCCAGACGCCAUUAUCUCUGGUAAUGGAAUCACGCUGUUCUACAGGGCUUUCCAGGGGCCCACAGCAGGGGUACAAGAGAAUGUUGUUAUCCCAUUGGUGGAGUCUGCAUGGGCCCGAGCAGAUGGACGUCGUCGUGGUGAUAUUGAGCCUGAUGCUGAGAUUGCUAGUCGAGGGGACCUGAUGAUGGUGUUGGAGAAUGUGACAGAGAUUUUGAUCAGAGCCACGUACGAUGUGGCACAGACAGAGAGCAGGAUUGGUAACAUUCUCCUGACAACAGCUGUUACAAGGGAUACUGGGCGUGGCCGGGCCAUUUCCGUGGAGGAAUGUACCUGCCCAACAGGGUAUACUGGACUCUCUUGUGAGAAAUGUGCACCAGGAUUUUUCCGUGUGAACAGGGGAGAGUACUUGGGUGACUGUCUGCCGUGUAACUGUCAUGGCCACUCCAACGACUGUGACCCACUUACUGGAGCCUGUAGUCGCUGUAUUCACAAUACGGCUGGACCGAGAUGUGACAGGUGUGCGGAUGGUUACUAUGGUGAUGCCAGGCGAGGAUCGCCUAAUGACUGUCAGCCAUGUGCUUGCCCACUAACAAUCCCCUCCAACAGGUUCUCGCCAACAUGUGCCCUAGGAGGAGAUGGCCAGAUGAGGUGUACAGCCUGUCCCCCGGGGUACGAGGGUCGUCAGUGUGAGAGGUGCUCCAUCGGUUAUGUGGGUAACCCCAGUGUGCCUGGGGACUCCUGUAGACCAGACUCUGGGGACAGGUGUGAUGAUCGAGGUACUCAGGAUGGUUCCUUAAUCCAAGGGGGUGUCUGUCGGUGCAAGGAAAAUGUGGAAGGUCCAUUGUGUAGCUCAUGUCAGCGUAACACCUUCUACCUGUCUGACAGUAACCCAUUAGGCUGUAUCUCCUGUUUCUGUAUGGGGAUGACCCAGACCUGCACCAGUACCUCAUGGAACAGAGCACAGAUUUCAGCCACCUUCACCACUGACCGUGCUGGCUUCAUGCUGACAGACAUGAUGAGGCGACAGACCGUGGAAGAGGGAUUCUCUGUCAACUACAACACACGUGAUCUCAGCUACAGAGCCUUCUCCAACCUGCCACAGAUAACUCACUACUGGUUCCUGCCCGAGAGAUUCCUGGGCAACAAGGUGACUGCGUAUGGUGGAUAUCUUCGCUACACCGUGACUUACAGACCAGGGUUUGACAAUACGCCACGCAGCGACCCAGAUGUGGAGAUCAUCGGCAAUGAUAUCGUGCUGAUCUACAGACACACAUCUCCUGUGGACCCCAAUACCCCACAGUCAUUCCAAGUCCCACUGUAUGAGCAAUAUUGGAUUCGCAGUGAUGGGGAACCAGCGACCAGAGAGCACCUGCUGAUGGCCCUGGCUGAUGUCUCUGCCAUCCUCAUCAAAGCCACGUACACCGCCACAACCACAGAGUCCAGUAUCCGUGAUGUGACUCUUGAUAUAGCUGAAAACCGUGUUACCGGCCAGGAUAGGGCUUUUGCUGUGGAGCAGUGUGUCUGUCCUCGAGGCUAUAGAGGACUGUCCUGUCAGGACUGUGAUACAGGCUAUACCAGAACUGGAGGUGGUCUCUACCUGGGACUCUGUGAGCCCUGCCAGUGUAAUGGACACAGCAACGAGUGUGACCCAGAAACAGGGGUGUGCAGGAACUGCCAGCACAAUACCGAGGGGGAUCGCUGUGAGAGGUGUGGAUCUGGAUACUUCGGAGAUGCUUCUCGUGGAUCCACUGCUGACUGCCAACAGUGCCCCUGUCCACUGACUGUAUCCCCCAACCAGUUCAGUCCCACCUGUAUUCUUGAUAAUGAUGGUCAGGUGACCUGCACAGCCUGUCCUGCAGGACACACAGGACGCCGCUGUGAGAGCUGUUUACCUGGUUACCAAGGCAACCCAUUAAGACCCGGAAGUUACUGCCAGCAGGUCACAGACAGACCCAGAGGUUUUCAGUCAGCUGAAGGUGUGGAGUGUAACUGUGACCUGAGAGGAACUGUCCCCAACACACAGUGUGAUGAGAGAGGCCAGUGUCAGUGUAAGGCAUUUGUGCAGGGAACCCGCUGUACCACAUGUAAAGAUGGGUACUUCCACCUGAGCCAGUCUAACCCCCAGGGUUGUCUCGAGUGUUUCUGUAUGGGAGUCACGGACAGGUGCUCCAGUUCUAACUAUUUCAGGGAUACAAUCCGACCGCUGAUCAACCCAGACGGGACGCACAACUUUGUCCUGACCAAUCGCAGAAUGAGUAACAUGAUCUCAGACGGCUUCGCAGUCAACGCAGCCACGGGAGAAUUCAGCUUUGACAAUUUCCGUGAGGUUCAGCGUGAGAGAGAGAGCUUGUUCUUCGCCCUUCCUGCCAAGUUCAAGGGCGACAAGGUGUCAUCUUAUGGUGGAAAGUUGACGUUCACCCUGGAGUACACAGCUUCUGAGGAAGGGAGCAAGUACAUGGAUGUGGAUGUAGAAAUUGUGAGCGGCAACCAGAGGAUGUAUUUGUUAUUUGACCCAUCAAUCAGUAGAGGUCAGACUCAGAGAUAUGAGAUCACCAUGGAUGAGAGCUCCUUCAGAAUGGUGGACGGCUCCAUGCCCAGCAGAGAGGGUUUCCUGUCCAUCGUGGCUAACAUUGAAGCCUUCCUGAUCCGCGCCACCUACGAGACUGUCAUGGUGUCAGCCACAAUCAGGGAUGUCAGCCUGGACAUCGCUGUGCCUCAGCCCACUGGCCUGGGUGAAGCCCCCAUGGUCGAGAGCUGCUCCUGCCCAGAGGGUUACAGUGGGCUCUCCUGUCAGACAUGUGCAGCCGGCUAUUUGAGGGUACAGGACACAACUACUCCCCUGGGGAGAUGUAUCAGGUGUAACUGUAAUGGCCACGGCACCUCCUGUGACCCUCAGACUGGCAGGUGUCUGAGUUGUCAACAUAACACUGAUGGUGAACGCUGUGAGAGAUGUGCACCUGGUUUCUAUGGUGAUGCUACUGUUGGAACGCCCAAUGACUGCAGACCUUGUGCUUGCCCAUUAACCAUUCCAUCCAACAGGUUCUCCCCUGUGUGUCACUUAGAACAGGAUGGUCAGCUCACCUGUGACCGUUGUCAGCAGGGCUACACUGGACGGGACUGCGGAGAGUGUGCCCAGGGUUAUAGAGGUAACCCCAGAGAGUUAGGUGGAAGGUGUGAACGCUCUACAGACUCUCUGAGACCGAGAGUGUCUGUGACCCCAGUGAGAAUCCAGGAGCCAAUCGGCGGCACAGUGGUGAUCAGCUGUCGUGUUGACGGACGGGGGCCGUUUAAUGUUGUGUGGGCGCGUGCUGAUGGGCGCCCAGUUGCCCCCAGAGGGAGAGUUGGACCAUCCAAUGAGCUGACCAUUCGUAACCUGGUACCUUCCGACAGUGGUCGCUACGUCUGCACGGCAACCAAUACGUAUGGCAGUGAGAGAGACAACACUGAACUCACGGUUGUUGCUGUGGAGCAGGUGUCUGUCCGCAUAGAAGAGCCAAAGACUGUGACUGUAGACCAGGGCCAGUCUGUCCAGUUUGUCUGCAGAGGGGCCAGCCAGGUGUCCUACACACUGGCGUGGACAAAACGGGGUGGAAGCCUGCCAGCCAAAGCCUUGGACCAGAACGGUGUCUUGUUUAUCCCCAAUGUUCAACGUGAAGACUCAGGCACAUACGUCUGUACUGGCUCAAAUGUCCACGGGAUCUCAACAGACAUUGCCAUUCUCACAGUAGGAUCUACGAGCAGUCCUCCAGAGGUGCGCAUUGAGCCCCGUUACCAGACUGUUGAGGUGGGUAACCCCGUGGAGUUCAGGUGUAUUGCCACCGGAUCUCCUCAGCCCACAGUCGAGUGGUCUAAAGGCGGUACAGGUCAGCUCACCCCAGGGGCUACCUUUGAUGGAGGCGUGUUCCGUAUUGCUUCAGUGACACGGGCCGAUGAGGCGGAGUAUUAUUGUAAGGCGACUAACACCGCCGGCACCACCACAGUCCGCACCAUUCUCUAUGUAACUGGAGAGUCUGUCACCAUCGACAUCAUCAUCAGGAACACAAAGGUUGUAGCACGAGAGGGUGGUACAGCUCGGCUGGAGUGUUCCACCAGAGACGCAGAAGCUGUGCUUGUCUGGACCAAGGCCGUAGGCGCCCUGCCACCAGGAUCUCAGCAGGAGAAUGGGGUACUGACCAUUCCGGAUGUGCGACCAGCAUACAGCGGUCAGUAUGUCUGUUCUGGCACCAACCCAUCUGGUGGCUCUGGUCGCUCUGUGGCCGUCCUGGAGAUCACAGCAGGUGGAGAGACCAUCAAAGAGCGUCCAUCGGCGACAAUUGACCCUGAUAGACAGGAAGUGGCUGAGGGUCACACAGGUACCCUUCGCUGUAUUGUUACUGGUGAGCCUAAACCUACAGUAACCUGGGCACGUGCUCGAGGUGACCUUAGCCCUAAUCACCAGGUUGACGGUGAGAUCUUGAGGAUCACCCAGGCAACAAUGGAGGAUCGUGGAAUCUACGUGUGUCGGGCAGACAAUGUGGCUGGGCGCGCUCAGGCUUCAGCUGUUGUAGAGGUGGCAAGACGCAGACGACCCAAGAUUGAGGUGUACCCUGAACCUGAGAUGACUGUACAGAGAGGAGGCUCCGUGCUGUUCCAGUGUCGGGUCAUGGCCGGCGACCCCCCACCCAAGGUCGUCUGGACCAGAGCUGGCAAUGAGCCGUUCACUGACAACACAGAAAUCCUGGAGAAUGGUGUGAUCAGAUUCAUGUCUGUGACGGGUGCCGAGCAGGGCGCCUACAUCUGUACAGCUGAGAACGGCAUGGGCACCAUCACUGUCACCGCUAAUCUCAGGAUUAAGGGUCCUCCCAGAAUUCGUGUCUCCCCAGGAAAUGUGGUCCGUGUCCGUGAAGGGGACUCUGUCAGGAUUGAAUGUACCGCAGAAGGAGACCCAACACCAUCGGUCUACUGGCACGAAAGGCGAGAAACCUUCCCAGUGGCAGCUGGGGCUGAUGCUAUUCCAAGGCAGCUAGGCUCCGCUGUGUUGGCCCUUAACCAGGUCACCCGCAGGGAUGCAGGCACAUUUACGUGUAUUGCUGAGAACACAGGGGGCAGAGUGGACCAGAGAAUACAGCUGAUAGUUGAAGAACGACAGGUUCCAGCCACUACUGGCUUGACGAUUGCUGGUCCUGAUUUAGUCAAUGUUGUGGAGGGACAGACACUGGAACUCAGGUGUGCUGCUGCAGGUAUUUUGGCUCCAAUUCUGCGCUGGUCCCGCCGUGAAGGCGCCCUGCCCCCAGAUCACACCGUCCAGCAGGGCAUCCUCACCAUACCCAGUAUCACGGGGGCAUAUCAGGGAGAGUAUAUAUGCUCUGUCAUCACCCCAACCCAGUCGUAUGAGGCCACUGUCACCAUCAUCAUAUCAGUGUCUCCACGCCUGACCAUCUCCCCUGCUCGAGUCUCUGCCAGGCCAGGCAGUCCGCUCUACCUGAGGUGUAGCAGCCAGGGGACUCCGCCCAUCAACAUUGAGUGGAGCAAGGUGAACGGCAUCCUGUCGCCCAGUGCAGUGGAGCGUGACGGUAUCCUGGAGAUUCGUCAGGUGACAGCAGCCGACGCAGGUCAGUACAGAUGUGUGGCGACGAACCAGGCAGGCAGCGCGGAGGGUAUAGCUGAAGUCAUUAUUUCAGUUCCACCCACUGUCGUUGUGUCCCAGAAGAAUUACGUCCACACAGUUGGCGAGUUUGUUGAGUUGAGGUGUCGUGCGACAGGAAGUCCACCUCCACGAGUAACCUGGGAGAAAGAGCUAGGGACAUUACCUCCUCGUCAUGAUAUUCAGAACGGCAUUCUUCAGAUUUACAGCGUGUCUGCAGCUGAUGAGGGUCGAUACAUCUGUACAGCAUCCAAUGAAGCAGGAAGCACCAGAGACUAUGCCUACCUGACCGUCCAAGAUGUUGGUGGUCCAAGUACUGGUAUUAAGACGGACACUCAGACUGUGGAUGUUGGAGAUCGCGUUGAGUUUGAAUGUAUCGUCACAGGUACCCCCAGGCCUACCAUCCAGUGGAACAAACUUGGCGGUGUCAUUCCACCCAGAGCUGUUAUCGGGGAGGGCAUUUUGAUCAUCCCCCAGGUACAGCCUGAAGACGCAGGCACAUACAGGUGCACGGCAACCAAUAUGGCUGGAUCCGUCCAAUCACAGGUCGUGCUCUUUGUCAGAGCUCGUCCAGUCAUCUCUAUACCUCAGAACAUCCGUACUGCAGCCCUGGGGAGUACAGCCAACCUGAACUGUGAUGCUCAGGGCUUCCCUCAGCCAGCCAUCACCUGGAACAGAAGAGAGGGGCAACUGCCAGGGGACCACAUUGUGAGGAACGGAGAGCUGACCAUCCCCACGGUGAGGCGAGAGGAUGCGGGUACCUACGUCUGUUCAGCUGCCAACGACUACGGAAUAACAGAACAUCCUGUUCAGCUGGUUGUAGGAGACCUGGUACCAUACUUCAGCCAGAAUCCUGUAUCAUACAUCAGUUAUGCUCCUCUCAGGGAUGCGUACCUCAACUUUGAUAUGCUUGUGUCCUUUAGACCCGAGGCCACUGAUGGUUUGGUGUUGUACAACGGCCAAUCUGACACAGGUAUUGGAGACUUCCUGUGUUUCGGCCUCCAGGACAGCUACCCGGAAUUCCGCUUCGAUGUAGGAUCAGGCCCAGCUAUCAUCCGUGGUAACCGGUCUUUGGAACUGAACAGAUGGCACACUGUUAAACUGAAGAGAGACCGCAAAUUGGGUACAAUGGUGGUGAAUGAUGAACCUAGCUACAUGGGUGAGGCUCAGGGCAGGUUUGUGGGUCUGGACCUGGAGGAUAGCCUCUACCUGGGCGCUGUACCAGACUUUGCCAGAAUCCCACAGGCAGCUGGAUUUAGAUCAGGAUUUGUUGGUACCGUAAGUCAGAUGGAACUUCAGGGUGAUUCCAUAGACCUGGGUGAAGAGGCUAGGUCCUUAGUGGGCAUCAGAGAGUACCAGGUGUGCCGGGAUAGCCCCUGUGAGAACGGCGGCACUUGCGAACCUGCUAACACCAACUACGGCUACAGGUGUAACUGUCCCCAGGGUUACGCAGGACGAAGGUGCGAGCUCUCCGGAGAAAGGUGCUACCCAGGAGCAUGUGGUUCUGAGGGGCGGUGCUACAACCAGCCUGGCCUGAGUGGGUACCUCUGUAUCUGCCCCAUUGGAAAGACAGGACCUGGGUGCCAAGUCGAAGUCAACAUUGUUGAUCCGUUCUUCAACAAGACAUCCUUUAUCAGUUAUCCAACAAUCCAAAAUGGCCGCCUGCAGGUUACCAUCAGCCUGUCAUUUAAGCCACGGUCCCUUGAUGACGGAAUCAUAUUUUACAAUGGUCAGCGGGAAGAUGGUGCUGGAGAUUUUGUUGCCUUGGUGAUGAAGGACGGGCAUGUUGAAUUCCGCUACAAUACAGGUUCAGGUCCAGCCAUCUUGGUUAGUCCUGACAAACUGCCUGUUGAUGAGUGGGCCUUGGUGUCUGCUCAGAGAAACGGCAGGGACGGGUCACUCACCGUCAACAAUGGACGAACCAUCAAAGCCACUCUGCGAGACAACUUCUAUUACUACUACAAUGGCCAUAAUAGACACAAAAAUGGUAGAAAUGGCCGUCGCCGAGGUUCUUCACGAGGCAGCACCCUGGGACUGAAUCUCCGCCUGCCCAUGUACUUGGGCGGCAUUGACCCUGCUUAUUCUGUGUCAUCUGACGCAGGUGUAGCAAGUGGAUUGGUUGGAUGUAUCAGUGAUUUGGUGAUCAAUGGUGAAGAGGUGGACAUUGUGGAGAGCUCCCAGGAAAGUGCUAAUGUCCAGAACUGUGGGGAUAGGAGCCCCUGUGAUAAGAGGCCAUGUCAAAAUAGUGGCAUCUGCGAGAAGGUGGAUGAGACCAACUACAAGUGUGUCUGCCCUGCCGAGUACACAGGUCGCAACUGUGAGACAGAAGUGAAUAUCUGUAUAACAGACCAGCCGUGUAGGAAUGGUGCACGCUGUUCUGUUGGGGAGGAUGGUUACCGAUGCUUCUGUCCUCUGGGAUUCUCUGGGAGGAACUGUGAGGACGCCAUUCAACUCGGACAGAGAUUCAAUAUCCAGGGCAACGGGUAUGUGGAGUUGCCCAAAACCUUGCUGCCUCACCGGAGCGGCCAAGUAAGGGAAGUAGUCAACUUGACCAUCACCACAGACUACGGAGAGGGACUGAUCUUCUGGCACGGCCAGGAGCCAGACCAGCCUCUGAGAGGAGGAGAUUACCUUGCCAUUGCUCUCAGUGACGGAUACGUCGUUUUUAUGUAUGAACUGGGCAGUGGACCAGCCCGGAUUAUCUCAGCACAGAGGGUUGAUGACGGACAGCCUCAUCGUAUUACAACAACACGGUUGGGCCGCAGUGGCACAAUACAGAUUGAUGAUGGUGAAGUGGUCAGUGGAGAAUCUAAAGGCAUACUACAAAUGCUCAAUGUAAAAGGAAGUGUCUUUAUAGGUGGUGUUCCUGACUUGAGUCUGAUGACUGAUGGCAAAUUCACGGAGAACAUUUCUGGCUGUGUACAAGACAUAGGCCUAUUAGACAAAGGUCCUAUUGAUAUAGACUCUCAAGCUGUGGGUGGUUUCAAUGUGGGGCCCUGCUUGGGCUAAGUUUUCAGCACCUCAACUUCUGAUCAAACAUACACUUAUUUAAUUAAACUCUCAGAAUCUACUACGUCCUGCAUCCAUGGCACGACUUCCUACCACCAUCAACACUAGCAGUCGCCUUACGAUCAGUGUACUGCCAGUGUAGAAAAAGCCAAUUUACAACCGUUGCAUGCAUGUACAUGCAUUCUUAGUCAGGUUUUUUUUUUUUUGAUAUAUACUAACUUUUUUAUGCCAAAAGUAUUUGCUCAUGGUAGAAAGCAGCCGCCUGUCCAGUGAAGACAGUGAUGAUAAUGGUGAUUAAUACCAUCAAAAUAUGCCAUGGAUUCUGUAAUUAGUUACGACGUGCUACAGUUUUAUACCUCUGAUGAUUGUACUGCCAGUUUUUUUUUAACCGUUUUUAACACAUAUUGUAUGACUGUUCCUUGUUUAUACUUUAUAUGUACCUAUGUGGGCAUCUGUCUUCUCUAUACCAUCUCUGUUCUGUGGGGGGUAUAAAGUUUGUGUACCUGCCCUUAUGUGGAGGGUCGUGGACUUCAAUUUAUCCUUGAGGUUGGACUUGUGAAACAGUAACGAGUGCGCAUGGCCAGUAGGAGCUCUUGUGUGGAUUAUCUGAAGGAAUGUAUCCCAGUAUAGGCCAGUAAGAGCUUCCAUAUGGAUUAGCUCGAGGAGUGUGUCUUGGUGGUUCCAUGGCCACUUUGAGCUCCUGUAUGGAUUAUCUUGAGGAAUGUAUCCUGGUGGUUCCAUGGCCAGUAUGUGCUCCUGUGUGAGCUCCAGUAUGGAUUAUCGUGAGGAAUGUAUCCUGGUGGUUCUGUGGCCAGGAUGAGCUCAUGUAUAGAUGAUCUUGAGGAAUGUAUCCUGGUGGUUCCAUGGCCAAUCCUUUAUGGAUUAUCUAGAAGAAACAAGAUCGUAUGUGCCAUUAAUAAGGAUAUGAUGGUGGAGAUGUCCCAAGAGCAUGGUUCUGUAAAGAUGGUAUCCCCUGCAGAAAGAGUUGGCAUACGAACCCUGGGGUGACGAGAAGGCAGUUGCCCGUUGUCUGAGAAGAUACUUUUUGUCAUGUUUUAUGUACCGGUAUUUACAUACUAUACCUUCUGACUGCCCCAGUUUUUUUAAAUAUACAUGUAGUGUUGAUGUUAAUGAUGUACUCAACUGUUUCUGUUGAGAAUUUUUAAUAAUAAUUGUAGUGGCUGCCUUUUCUUCACUGCAUAAUCCUUUGAAAGGGAAAGCAUUAUUAUGUUUUGGGUUACAAAAGCAUGUCAAUACCUCCCAAAUUUCAGCGUCUUUUUUAAUGGUCGCUGAAGUCAGUUAUCAGAUAACUCCCACUCAUCAUUUAGUUAUUUAUGUAUUCAUAAAUAUACGUGUUACUUUAGCCAUGAUAGUCGUAGCAUAAUUCACCUGGGAUUUUGUACUGCAAGUGUGACCACCUGCCCAGGGAGACGAAAUCUAUACGGUAUUGUAUAAUUCUCUGUUGGGUCGGGUGGUGGCAUAUUUUUGUACCUCUCUCUCUGAUAGAAAUGUAGAAAUAUGUUCUGGUUAAAGGAUUCCAACAUUUGCCACGUUCUUGUCACCUACGAUGCUGGAUCUUUGAUUCAGAUCUUCAGCCAGACCAUCUUUUUCAGGAUUCAGUGCUGUGUAAGAGCCUUUCAAUAGAAACGUUUUGUUUUUAGUCCUAGGGAGGUAUUACAUCGCUCCUAAUCCUCUAAUAAGACACCAAACAUCACUUUUGGAUAAUCCUGGACGAUACGUUCUCAUGUUUCCACUUAUGGAAAUUGGCUCUUAUUUGAAGAUUUAAAUGUCUGAAUCUGUAAACCAGAACUGGGUCCUGAACUUCAUGGCCUGAUAAUAGGAUUCGUAGGAUAUAUAAGAAUUGGUAAGUUUGAUGUUUCACUGCAGACUCUCUUCAAUCCAGUUUGUACCUAUGUGUUAUAUCUAUAUCUUUAUAUAGAGAAGUGUCGUGGACAUUUCGCCAAGUGUUAUAUGUGAGCACAUAUUUUUUACACUGAAGACGUUUGUAGAAAACUGUACUGGUUUUUGUUGUGGGUUCGAGACAACGACUUAUCUUUUACAGAUCUGCCGUAGGAAUUCGUCAAGCAUGCACUGAAAGGUGAACCAAAUUCCUGUGAUCACUGAUUAAAUAUAAUACAAACUAAUCCC